CUAAUUUAUACAAAUUAAUUCCACUAUUACUCAUUUGUACCCAAAAUACCCCUCAAAUUUAAUUUUCCUAUUCUUUCUCUCUCUUUCCGUCUUUCCCUCUUUCACUCUCUCUUUCUCUCUCUGUCGUUUGCUAUUCCCUCUCUUUCCCUCUCUCGUUCUCUCUCUGUCGUUUACUUCUUUCGAACGUUACUCCACGACGACGACCCAACGACCCAACGACCCAACAACGCAGUCCACGACCACGACCCCAGUCCGGCCACCCACGACCCUGACCCUGACCCAACCCUCACGCAGUUCACACUAUUCUCGUUCUCUCUUUCUCUCUUUCUCUGCCUAUUGCUCUCGACAUUGUAACCCAACCCACCCACACCCACGGCCGACAUUGGAACCCAACCAAUUUUCAGAGGUCGUAGCCACCAAAACCAGAACAGAGGUCGUCCCCAAAACCACGAACAGUCAAAGAUGGCUCCCAGACUCAUUAUUCCAGCACCCGAGCAUUUCACUGGCCGCGUCACAUAUAGGGGCACUGGAAUUUUUGCAAAAAUUAAAGCUCGGUUUGAGGAGUUCAACCUUAAUAACACGGCGAAGGAAAGCCGUUUCGGGAGCUUCUGGAAUGCCGUACCACUGACAUUCUCCUCGGUGUUAUUUCACCAGCUGAUGCUCCACAAAAUGAAAGUGGAUGCUCAGGAGGAGUUGAGGAUGAGGUUUUAUGUUGGUCGGAAGGAGGUCCGAUUCGGGGUGCUGGAGUUUGCACUCAUUACGGGUUUGGACUUCUCCUCGGGGCCAACAGAAGAGGAGAAGGCUGCGCAGGUCGCGCGCUCGGGGUCAGACCGAUUGAUCAACAAAUAUUUCAACCGGUCUGAUAGUGUGAAGACAGAAGCACUCCAACUUCAGUUCACAAACUGCCAGAACCCGGAAGACUUGUACAAGCUCGGCUUGUGCUUGUUUGUGGAGUCAGUGCUUCUGGGCCGCGAGGCCAACGCGCUGAUCACGCCUCACAUACUUAGAUAUGUGGAAGACCUCGAGUUCUUCUUCCGGAUUCCUUGGGGGAAGCACUCAUUCGCCAGACUCAUGCACUCGCUUCAGAAAGACAUGUUGAAACAGAAGGCCAACUACGAGAAGAAGCUGAGUUCGGAUGUUCAGCACGAGUGCAAAUACACAGCAUAUGGCUUCGCACCUGCAGUCCAAUAUUGGGCGUACGAGGCCAUUUUGGAGGUUGGCAAGAGGUAUGGCACGAACCACGGGAUUCGGUUCCCCAGGAUGCUUAGCUGGACGAGCAAAGGCGAUAUUGGGAAGAAAGACGUCAGCGCAUUAUUUUCUAGACGGAAUCUGGAAGUGGUGAAGGGGCUACUUCCACGGACAGAGGAGGAGGCAUUUGUGAGGACAAUAUCUUACGAUGGUGUGGAGAACCUGGUUGAUGAUGUUGUGGAUGACACAGAGGCUGAGGCAGGUAGUCAGGUACCAGAGACUCAGGUCCCAGACACUCAGGAAAGAGACACUCAGGCCACUGGUUCAGAACCUCAGCCCAGUGCACCAUCUUCAUCAGGCGUUCGGGGUGCCGAGUACACUGAUUUAGUGGCUCGGUUGGAUAGGAUCGAGGGUGACACUCAGGGUCUGUAUGCUGCUCAUGUCGAGCUGAAGAAGGCAUACGAGACCAGCCAUGUAGAGCUGAAGGGUGGUCAGAACGUAAUUAUGGAGCAGCUCAGACACAUAUUGGCCAUGUUGAAUCGUCCGCCAACGACAGCUUCAGCACCGGAGGCCCCAGCAGAUCCAUCUACCCCACCACCAGCUGCUUCACCCCCAGUAGAAGAGGAUGAGGUCUUCCCCGACGAUUAUGAUCCUUAUGAGGGAGCUCCAGCGACUCCGAUCGAGGCACAACCUCUUAUCCAUGUACAUGACACCGAGUCGCAGGGUGAGAUUCUGUCCAUAGAGGCACAACCUGCAGUGGUUAAGAGUCGGAAGAGGAAGAGAAAGCCUCCUGUAUGGGUCGGUGACUAUACGGAGAUGAAGAGGAGACAUAGGCCAUCUUCGACUUUUGAUCCCCUGGAGCCACCGGAUGAGAAAUUGUUAACCACUUUCCGAAAGUGGUGUGUUGGACUCAUUCCGAACCACCGACUUCGGGAUUUGAGAAGUGGUGAUUACGGUCCAGGAUUCUUUUGGAUAAUGCUCACACCAAGGGAAUGACUUACAGAUGACCAUAUAGAUGCAGCAAUGCAUAUGCUGAGGAGGCGACGCACCGACUAUCCACUGACAUUUCCUCAGAAGGGUAUCAUUCUCUCCACAUUCGUGACCGCCAUGAUCAGCAGUGCAUGGACGAGCCACAAGGGUCCGAGGAAAAACUUUAAAUGGGAGGAUUAUAUCCUGGACUACUGCACAGGGGCUCAUAAGUCCCAAGUCUUUGAGAGAUGGAGGGGUAACGAGUUUAUUUACUUCGUUCUGAACCUUCCCACGGCAAGGCACUGGGUCACAGUUGAAGUCGACAUAGAGCUGUGGAAAAUUAAUGUCUACGACUGUGAUUCCAGCGUCUGUCAUUGGACCGCCUUGGAACCCAUCAUGAAGGUUUGGGCAGAACUGCUGCCCUCGCUACUCCUUGCAACCGGGGAAUUUCCACAUAACAACCAGAUCAUGGCGUUAGCUAACUGUGACAUCACGGUGCUUCCAAAAAUGCACGCGACUCGAGCCACUCACGACUUAGUUCCGAAGUCAGCAACCAGUGGUGAUUGUGGCGUGUAUUGCAUUGAGUAUGUGGAGCAUCUCAUGAUGCAGCGUGGAUUGACCGAUGUGACGCCAGACCGGAUAGCCAUGUUUCGUCAACGGUGGUGUGUCGAUUUAUUUUACCAAAAUGUCGGCUGAUUAUAUGUGUAAUUAUUGGGACAUUGUAUAUUUUGUGUAAUUAACAUUACAGUUAUGUAUAUAUAGAUUUUCUUUUCGUUCAAA